GCACCACGAUGCACAAAUAUUUGGUAGUUGUGUUUCGUAAAAUGUUAUCCACAUGGAUAUUUCACGAUCCACAGAUACAUAAUGUCCGCUUGUGUCUUGUAAAUUCAAAUCCACACUUUUACACAUUUAUUGGUAGCAGGGCUCUUGAGUUGCUUAAUUUUCUCGAUCGAUUUUUUUUCCAAUGAGUCCCACUGGCGAUCUGUAAAAUGUGAAUGAGACUAUGCAAAAGCAGGCGCCGCUAGAGAUUUGAGUCUGCUAGAGAUUUGAGGCGCUAUUCAUCUUGGGUAACUUCAACCACUGUUUAAUUGACAAAUCACUGAAAGGGUUCUCUCAGUAUGUCAACUGCACCACCUGUCUGGGGAAAAUACUGGAUGAAUUCUAUGGUUCAGUCCCAGACACCAACAGAGACGUCUCCCUCCCUCCUCUCGGCUCUUCUGACCACCGCAGCAUACUGCUCGCUCCUGCCUAUACAUCUGUCGUGAAGAGGACAGAGAAAGUCAUCAGUCAAUAUUUUUUACCGGUUCUGAAGCAGAGGUCCACAGAGAGGUCAAGCGGGCCAUAAAGAUUGCCAAGCUGAAAAAUACAAACAAAGUGGAGCAGAGCUUUAAAAAAGGGGAACCUCCGCGCAGCCGCAGGUCUCAAGAGCAUGGCAGCAGUUAACUCCGUCUGUACCAGCUGAAAGCCCAGCACUUCACUCCCGAAUGAUCUCAACGUUCUUCGCAAGAUUUGAAAAGGACAACAGCACCCAGCUAGAAUCAAUCAUCCCCUCACUCAGACCUGAUGACUCUGUCCUAAAUGGAUGGACUGCAUUUAUUUAGCGCUUUUCCAACCAUUGGCCACCCAAAGCGCUUUACAAUAUUGCCUCACAUUCACACACCGACGGCGCAGUCAACCGCAUGGCGACAGCCAGCUCGUCGGGAGCAGUUAGGGUUAGGUGCCUUGCUCAAGGACACCUCGACACUCAGGUUACCAGCCAACCCGCUCUACCUCCUGAGCUACUGCCGCCCCACAACACAUCAGAGGUGAUGAGAAAAGAACAGAUCUCUAGGAACAGACCACAUCUGUGGGCGGACUCUAUGGCACUGUGGCACGGAGGUGUGUUCCAGCAUCUGUUCCAGGGCUCUUUGACCAGCAGCACAGUCCCUGCAAUGUAGAAAACCUCAAUAACACAAAGGAGGAAGGCAACCUUCAUCCCCAGGGCUGUCCAGCUCCUUAAUGCUGGUCACUGACUUAUGAACAUGCUGCAAUGCCAUUUAUAAUUGAAGCACUUUGUUAAGCACUUUUUACUCAUGUGUUGAAGGUUGUUGUUGUGUUAUGUGUGUUGCUUGAUUGUGAAAUGUGUGUGUUUGAUGCGUGUGUUUGUUGAUUAUGUAGUGUGGGUGCUGCUUCUGUUUGUUGUUUUGUCUCCUUUUCAGUUACUCUCAUGCACCUCCUUUAAAUUGCCCUUCGGAGACGAAUAUUUGAUUUAAAUUGAAUUGAAUAGAAUACAAUGACCGUGUAGUUUUCUUCAAGAUAUUGUUGCAUUUUGGCAUUUUUUUCUGUCGACGGACCCAUACUGGCUUCUAGUGGACGGAAUCUGUACAACUGGCAUAUUAAAACGAGAGCUUGGUAAAAUAUGAAUAUGAAUAUGAUAAUCAGUACCAUUAUUCCAUGAAGCUAUAAAUAUUUUAAAAAUAUGUUAUUCAUAGUAAUUUGUCUUGAGGUUUGGUCUUCACCAUGCCUGUCUGGACAUGUCAGACCUUUCUAGAAGGACAGUCACAGGUGGUAUAUCCCCCUGGCCGUUCUGCCCCCACUCGAGUCGACCAGUAGUACGCUGCCCACCAUGGACCAUGAAAGAGCUGUUUUGGAGAUCAAGGCUGCCAUGGCCGCCCUGGCGUCCCGCUCCCAAAAGGAGAUGUUUGAGAAAUUGGAGGAAUCCUACAGAGUCUGUGCCAGCUGCGAGAAGCGCUCCAAUCAACUCUCAGCCUCACAGAGCCUUAAACGUUGCGUCAGAUGUCUAGCCGCGAACUACUGCUGUAAAGAGUGUCAGAAGGCGGACUGGCCAAAACACAAGAAGGCCUGCCCACAGCUCCACCUAGUGGCCAUAGACAGACUUGUUGAAUGGCUGGUAUUCAAAGGAGAGCUCCCGUUCCCCACGGUGGAGCCCUGGCCCCGGGCCCCGGGGGAGGUGAGGGCCUGGGAGGACUGGCUGGCCAUGCAGGGAGAGCUCUCCCUCCGCCUGCAGCCCCUGCUCGCCAGCCCCUCCAUGGCCAACAUGUGGACCAACGCGGGCCGCCCCCGGCCGGACCCCCGGGCCCUGGAGCAGUCCGUCUGGAGGGUCUGCAGUGAGUUCUUCUCCAGGCCCCUGAGCGUCCUCUGGGGGCUGCGGGUCUUCGGCCUGGACCCCAACACCAAGCCCCUCACCGUGCACGUGGUGGGGGCCGGGCAGGCGGAGACCAUGGGGGCCCGUCUGACGGACUACGACGAGCUGAGCCGCGCCUUCCCCGGACACCAGGGGCUGGAGGUGGUGCUGGUGGGGCCGGAGGUGGUGGAGGGCCCCGUCGUGAGGCCCCCCCUCAGGGCGUUCGGCCCCAAGCAGAGGGUCUACAUCAGUGCCUACAAGGGCCUCUACCACAACUUCUGGGAGGAGCUGGUGGAGACGGAGAAGGCGGCCAGACCGGACCUGGUGGUCGGCUUCCACCCCGGGUUUGAUGCCAGUCAGGGGUUGGAGGAGGGCUGGCUGCCCACCCUGCUUCUGCUCAGGGACUACGAGAUACCCUCCAUAUUCACAGCCUCCAGUGAUGUAGAGAUCACAUACUCGAUGCAGAUUCUCCAGGAGCUAGAGAUAGACAUGAGGUGCAGUGGUGCCAACCCCUUCGCAUCCCUAAAACCGGAGGUAGUGGGUUCAAAUCCCAACACGCCCGCCGUCUUCUGCAACUCCCACUACCUCUGCUUCCAGGGGCUCAAGGAAAACGUGGAGCUGGACUGACCAGAGGACGUAUGGAUGGGAUUCGGUGACACAACCCCUAUUGCUUGGUUUAUUCUGACUAUCGUCGUUUGUGUGACAGCAUUCAGCCGGCAGUUUUCCUCCAAAGUGACUUCUUGUGAACUGAGAUACAUGUGACCAAGAAGCAGAUAGUGGUUAUGCUACUUUUACCUCGGGCUCCAGGAUGGGGUAAAUAAGGCCCAAUCCCAUUUCUACCCCUUACCCCUUCCCCUUCCCCCUUCAAAACAAGGGGGAGGGGUAAGGGGUAGAAAUGGGAUUGGGCCUAAAUGAAUAAAUAGUCAAUAGAUACGGGACUCUCUAAAUCGACGCCACUUCGACCUGGGCGGGACCUUACGUCCUACGUCACUCGCUAUGGGUGUGCAUGUGUGCGCAUAGCCGUCACUCGCGAUGGGUGUGCAUGUGAGAAAGGUUUUGGCUUUAGUGUCUAUGGGUUGGUAAUAACGGUUCUGAUGAUUUUUCUGAUGGAAAAGUGGUCUUUUAUUUCCAUAAUCUUUGUUCAGUGAACGCAUAAACCCGUUUGUUAGUUAGCAGUUAAACAAAAUGCGAUCUCUUUGUUUACAGUUACCAACGACCAACUGAUGAUUGGGGGUUCGAUUCCCGAGUGAUGCAAGGUUUUUUCUUUCAUUUUGGACUGCACACACAUCGCGAGUGACGGAUACUCGCACAAUGUACACACAUCACUGUCUUUACAAUUUCCAGGCAACCGAAGUUUAAAGAUUGUCAAGUGGUUAACUCUUGAAUCGCAUGUACUAAGACCUGAUGGGUUAGUGGUCAGAGAACAACUCAUUAACGCGGGGAUAAGGGGUUCGAUUCCUUAAUGAAGCUAGCUUUUUUCUUUCAUAUUGGACUGGAUGUUUGUAUGCCAUUUUGCGUAACUUGGUAGUUUAUGAUGAAGAAAUGUUACUGGGGUUAGGGUAACGCUAAGGGUAAGACACAAAGUGUUUUUGCAACACAAUAUUUCUUACAAUAACAAAGUCCAAAGUUUUGAUUACUCCAGUAGGAAACUUAAGAUACCUAGAGAAAUGCGUGAGUGCUCACAAAACAUCAACAAGUCAGCAGUGUGAUACAGGGUGAUCAUUUCUGAUAUACAGUACAAAAGCUGAAACUAUUAGCCAGGAGUGGGAAAGAUGCAGACGCAGACGUGGGAAGCAAGACGCACCAACACACAGUUGCCUGUUGCAAAAUGGUUCAGAGUUUAAUAUAAAUAGUUAGGGUUAGCUGGUAUGGCGUUAUCUGGUAUGGCUAUAGUCUAAUGUUAGCUUAGUUCGUGUUGUUUCGUCAUGUUAAUCGCUAGUAAUAGUAAGUCAUUUGAAGAAAUAUAGCCUAUCAUCACAGACUGUAGGAAUGUCACCCACCCUCCAUCGCGUACGACACUGACGCUCGUAAUCUGUAGUGCAAGGGAGUUCGUGCACAGAUCCCUGAGACAAACGGCUACGCGCACACAUGCAAACCCAUAGCGAGUGACGUAGGACGUAAAGUCCCGCCCAGGUCGAAGUGGCGUCGAUUUAGAGAGUCCCCAAUAGAUACUUUCCGUUGGGCCUUGAGACAUUGUCAGCAUUGGUUGUAGCAGUUGUCUGCAGAGGUAUUUUAGGAGGUUUUAUUGUAUACCACAUAAUCUGAUGAAGUAUUUGCAUUGCUAUUAUCUCCCCUAAAACUCUUAAUUGCCCUGACAUUUGAAUGAACUGUAAUAUACUACAACACUGGCAAAGUCCCAUGACAAAGUUACAUUACUUGCAGACUAUUAUGAGAAUUGAUAUAUCAACUCCGGUAGCCCUACAUGAUUAAGAAAGAGUUACAUUAUGAGACAUAGAUUACAGAUGUUUAAGCGUAUGUAGCAUUUCAUUAGAUAGAAUCUGAUUUAGAAAAGAUUGUUACAACAUUUGUUAGUUUAUUUUGAUUGAAUAAAGGAAAUAUGCUAAUAUGCUCAGGUUUUCCUUUGGCCUUGCUGGCCCGUUAAAAUACUGAACCAGAAUCUUCCCUUUUUUCCCAGGGACGGUCAAUUAUUAAAUGUAUUGUAUCAUAUCCUCACCUCAAAAACACGAGCAACACUCAACACCUGAGAAUCACAUAGCCAUUUAAAGAUCUGAAAGAAUAAAACAUUAUCGC